AUGUCGACGGAGAGAGAUGUUAUUGAAUCGAAAAAGAACACGGAGGGCAAAAAUAAGGACAAAAUCUACUGUACAUUUUGCCCCUCGAAAAUGCUUAAUGCUGGAGCAGCCACGUUAAUAAACAUGGACUUUGCGCUGCCCUAUAUCCAUAGUAGGGCACAAGACGAGGCUAAUCAAUCAGAAAUAAUUUCUGACUACUGGCUAAUAGAGGAUAUGUAUACUUUCGAAAAUAUCGGCGUGUCGCAUACGGUAGGCAACGUCAAAUAUCUAGCUUGCGCCGAUUGCGAGAGAGGUCCAGUAGGAUGGCACGAUUUGUCCACUAAAAAGUCGUACAUUGCAUUGUGUAGAGUAAAAUAUGAAUGAAUAGAGAUAAGUGCUUAAUAAAAUUAAUUUUCUAAUUUUAUACAUGUAUAAAUGUACGCGUGUGCCACGUACAUACACAACACAAGUGUACAGAAAGAUGAUAUGCAGAUAUAAAAUAAUAUUUAUGAAGCUAUGAAUAUGUGCUUUAUAUGUGUAUAUAUACUUAUAAAAACGUAUUUCUUUAGUUAGAUUGUAUCUAAGUAAACUUAUCUUUUUCAAAUUAAAUAGUUAGAUAAGUAUUUUAUUUUUUUAAAAAAGACUUGUCAUAAAAACAAGUCAAAAGUGUCAAUGGUACUAUCUUAUACAGUAGAAUUGUGUUCGUCUCACAUAAAACCUCAGAAAUUAAUGUUUACACAGGAAUAAUAAUAAAAAGGUAUGAUUUGCUGUUUUACUUGACAAUUUAAUAUUUAAUCACAAUAUGUUACAAACAGCUGAUGAAUCAGAUAAUUAAUCCUCGAUACAAUGUAACGAUUCAAUAAAUUCCAUUUACAAUUAAAAAUCUGUUUACUUAA